CAGCGGCGGCGGAGAAGGUGCCGGCAGCAGCCCCGCGCCCCUCGGACCCGCGCGGCGCCGCGCCCCGGAGGCCGGCCGGGUGCCCUGCGCGCAGCGCCUGGAGAGGGGGCGCCCUUUGCCAACCCGGACUCCAGCGAGCGGGCCCCGCGGGCAGCCGGCCGGGGGAUGGCUGCGAGGCAGCGGUGAGCCCCCCGCCCCCCGCCCUCGCCAUGCAGAAAAGCGUGCGCUACAACGAGGGGCACGCCCUGUACCUGGCCCUCCUGGCCCGCAAGGAGGGCACCAAGCGCGGCUUCCUGAGCAAGAAGGCGGCCGAGGCGAGCCGCUGGCACGAGAAGUGGUUCGCCCUGUACCAGAAUGUGCUCUUCUACUUCGAGGGCGAGCAGAGCGGCCGCCCGGCGGGCAUGUACCUCCUGGAGGGCUGCAGCUGCGAGCGGGCGCCCGCGCCGCCCCGGGCCGGGGCCGGGCCGGGCGGCGCCCGGGACGCGCUGGACAAGCAGUAUUACUUUACUGUCCUUUUUGGCCACGAAGGUCAGAAACCACUGGAGCUGCGCUGUGAGGAGCAGCAGGAUGGUAAAGAGUGGAUGGAGGCCAUUCACCAAGCCAGUUAUGCAGACAUUUUGAUUGAGAGGGAAGUGUUAAUGCAGAAGUACAUUCAUCUAGUUCAGAUCGUAGAGACAGAAAAAAUUGCAGCUAACCAACUACGGCAUCAACUCGAAGAUCAAGAUACCGAAAUCGAAAGGCUUAAAUCAGAGAUUAUCGCUCUUAAUAAAACCAAGGAACGAAUGCGGCCUUACCAAAGCAAUCAAGAAGAGGAUGAUCCAGACAUCAAAAAGAUUAAAAAGGUUCAAAGCUUCAUGCGAGGUUGGUUGUGUAGGAGGAAAUGGAAGACCAUCGUGCAGGAUUACAUCUGCUCUCCUCAUGCUGAAAGUAUGAGGAAGAGGAACCAGAUUGUGUUCACCAUGGUAGAGGCCGAGUCGGAAUACGUUCACCAGCUCUACAUCCUGGUCAACUGCUUCCUCCGGCCCCUACGCAUGGCCGCCAGCUCCAAGAAGCCCCCCAUCAGCCACGACGACGUCAGUAGUAUUUUCCUCAACAGUGAAACAAUCAUGUUUCUGCAUGAAAUAUUUCAUCAGGGACUGAAGGCAAGGUUAGCAAACUGGCCUACUUUAAUUUUAGCUGAUCUGUUUGAUAUUUUGCUCCCCAUGCUGAACAUAUAUCAAGAAUUUGUGCGUAACCACCAGUACAGCCUCCAAGUGCUUGCCAAUUGUAAGCAAAACAGAGAUUUUGACAAACUCUUAAAACAGUAUGAAGCCAACCCGGCCUGCGAAGGGAGGAUGCUGGAAACGUUCCUGACCUACCCGAUGUUUCAGAUCCCCAGGUAUAUCAUCACAAUUCAUGAACUGCUCGCUCAUACCCCCCAUGAGCAUGUGGAGAGGAAGAGUCUGGAAUUUGCAAAAUCAAAGCUGGAGGAUCUGUCCAGGAUAAUGCACGACGAAGUGAGCGACACUGAAAACAUAAGGAAGAACCUUGCCAUAGAGAGAAUGAUUGUGGAGGGCUGUGAUAUUCUGCUGGACACCAGCCAGACGUUCAUCCGCCAAGGUUCUCUUAUUCAAGUACCUUCAGUGGAGAAGGGGAAACUUAGUAAAGUUCGCCUGGGUUCAUUGUCUUUGAAAAAGGAAGGAGAAAGACAAUGCUUCUUAUUUACAAAACACUUGUUAAUUUGCACAAGAAGUUCAGGAGGAAAGCUGCAUCUGCUCAAGACAGGUGGGGUUCUCUCUCUAAUAGAAUGUACCUUGAUUGAGGAGUCAGACGCAAGCGAUGAUGACUCCAAAGGUUCUGGGCAAGUGUUUGGACACCUGGAUUUUAAAAUAGUGGUGGAGCCUCCUGGUGCCGCCCCUUUCACUGUAGUCUUGCUAGCACCUUCACGCCAGGAGAAAGCUGCCUGGAUGAGUGACAUUAGUCAGUGUGUGGACAAUAUACGGUGUAAUGGUUUAAUGACUAUAGUAUUUGAAGAGAAUUCCAAAGUCACUGUGCCACAUAUGAUUAAGUCUGAUGCCCGUCUUCAUAAAGAUGACAUUGACAUUUGCUUCAGUAAAACCCUCAACUCCUGCAAAGUGCCCCAGAUCCGUUACGCCAGCGUGGAGCGCCUCUUGGAGCGGCUGACCGACUUGCGGUUCCUCAGUAUCGAUUUCCUCAACACCUUUCUGCACACCUAUCGUAUCUUCACAACGGCAGCCCAGGUGCUGGCGAAGCUUGCCGACAUAUACAAGAAGCCUUUUACCUCCAUCCCCGUCAGGUCACUGGAAUUGUUUUUCGCCACCAGCCAGAACAGCAGAGGUGAACAUCUGGCGGAUGGCAAAUCUCCACGGCUGUGUCGCAAGUUCUCUUCCCCACCACCCCGAGCCGUGUCCAGAACAUCCUCCCCAGUGAGGGUCAGAAAACUGUCCUUGACUUCUCCCUUGAAUGCAAGGAUAGGAGCCUUGGACCUGACCACCGCCUCGGCGUCCAGCAGUCCCACCACCACCCACAGCCCCGUGGUGUCCCCACCGCCGCACACUGGUAAAGUACCUUUGGAUCUUAGCAGAAGCCUCUCUUCUCCAGAACAAAGCCCGGGAUGUGUAGAAGAGCAUGUAGAUAACCCCCGCGUGGAUCUGUGUAACAAGCUAAAACGAAGUAUUCAAAGAGCAGCAGUCCUCGAGUCUGCCCCCGUGGAGCGAGCGGCCGUGCAGAGCUCCCCUGCGGUGGACGCCACGGAACUGUCACCUGGCAGGUCGCCCUCGACGCCUAGGCACCUGCGCUAUCGCCAGCCUGGAGGACAGAUGACUGACAGCUCCCACUGCUCUGUUUCGCCUGCUUCUGCCUUUGCAAUUGCCACAGCUGCAGCAGGACACGGGAGUCCUCCGGGAUUUAACAACACCGACAGAAUAUGUGACAAAGAGUUUAUUAUCCGUAGAACAGCCACCAAUCGAGUACUGAAUGUCCUCCGUCACUGGGUCUCAAAGCACGCACAGGAUUUUGAACUCGACAAUGAACUAAAGAUGAACGUCCUAAAUUUGCUAGAAGACGUUUUGCGAGACCCAGACCUUCUUCCCCAAGAAAGGAAAGCUGCAGCCAAUAUCCUGAGAGCUCUUUCACAAGAUGAUCAAGAUGACAUUCACCUAAAAUUAGAGGAUAUAAUUCAACUGACGGACUGUCCGAAGGCCGAGUGCUUUGAGACCUUGCCAGCCAUGGAGCUGGCUGAGCAGAUCACCCUCCUGGACCACAUCGUUUUCAGAAGCAUUCCCUACGAAGAGUUUCUUGGGCAGGGCUGGAUGAAGCUGGAUAAAAAUGAAAGAACACCUUACAUUAUGAAAACCAGCAAGCACUUUAAUGAUAUGAGUAACCUGGUGGCCUCCCAGAUCAUGAAUUACGCAGAUAUCAGCUCUCGUGCCAACGCCAUUGAGAAGUGGGUGGCGGUGGCAGACAUUUGCCGAUGUCUGCACAACUACAACGGCAUGCUGGAGAUCACCUCGGCCUUAAACAGGACCGCCAUCUACCGGCUGAAGAAAACCUGGGCCAAGGUGUCCAAGCAGACAAAAGCUCUAAUGGACAAACUUCAGAAGACUGUUUCAUCUGAAGGAAGAUUUAAAAAUCUUAGAGAAACCCUUAAAAAUUGUAACCCCCCCGCCGUUCCUUAUCUGGGGAUGUACCUGACAGACCUGGCAUUUAUUGAAGAAGGAACACCAAACUUCACUGAGGAAGGCCUUGUCAAUUUCUCCAAAAUGAGAAUGAUAUCACACAUCGUCAGAGAGAUACGCCAGUUCCAGCAGACAUCCUAUCGAAUAGAGCAUCAGCCAAAGGUCACUCAGUACUUGCUUGACAAAGCCCUCAUCAUAGAUGAAGAUACACUGUACGAGCUGUCACUAAAAAUUGAACCUCGGCUCCCUGCUUGAAGAUUUGGCCUUGCCCUGGGCCCGGGGAAUUUUCAUAGAAGGGGGAACAGACAGAACUGUGCAUGCCAUGCCUCCCACUGUACCAUGAGGACAGGACGGAGACCAAAACAGGUCUCCUUUGUCCAUGGAAGAAGGAACGUAACUGGAUUCGGUCUCCAGUGAGAGAAGCCCAGCUGUUUGGGGUCAAAGACAGAUGCUUCAGACUUGGGUGGGAAGGUGAAAAGAAGGAUAUUUGGUAAAGGUUGGUGGCACAUUCCGCAGAAAGAGAAUGUACGAUGGGAGAUGUGGUAGCCAUUUUAAUGACACAGGUAAGAAGGUACAUUUCAAACUGUGCCCCAAGUUCAAUCUUGGGGAUGAGGAUUCCUGGACAAGGCCUGUGAUGAUUCUCUGGCACUUUACCGGCCUGGGCACACCUACCCAUCUUCUCCUGGGCCUUCACUGCUUCUGUUACAUCUCCUUUGUCACAAGCUUCCAGAAAAGCCCAGGCUUCCUGUGGAGGGAUGGGCUGGCGUCAGCAACUUCUGUCUACAGCAUGUGCACGGUUGUCAGUGCAUGGAGGAGUCAGGGCAUGUUCUGAAACUGCCUUUUCAGUCUUUGGGGACAGGAGACGAAAGAUACGAUGAAGUCAAGUGCAUUUGUACAUAACAUUUCUUUAACUAGAAACUCAGCAGGCUGUGCCCCAGAGGAUUCCAGCCAGUGGCUUCGUGGGGUGGGUGGGGCUUCUCCCUGAGGCUGUGGUGCCAGAGAAGCCAACACCCUUGGAGGGGGACGUGCAGAGUUUGCAAAAGGUGCCGCACACCUCACCGGCAAAACUGUGGAGAAAGACAGAGGCCACCGGGUGCCGUGGGGAAGAGUGGGUUGCAAGGCUAAGUGAAACGGGGUAGCGCUUACAAAUCUUUGCACACUGUUGUGCUUGUUUGCUUCCUUCCCCCUUACAGCAAUGUGGGGAAUCCUUUCUGAUGUACACAAACCAUUUUCUAGGCUCAUUAUGGAGACGGGUUGUAUAGUUUUAAAAGCUGGUUAGUGGGAAUUUCUUUUUAAAACCCACACUUCCACGUGCCCUUGGUAGACAGUUCUUCCCCUACCCUCUUUGUUUUUAAAUUUUUAUACUUUUGAGUGGAAAUAUUGUAUGUAUAUGGAAAACCACUCAACAACUGUUAUAUCAGAAUACCAACUGCUGGGGUUCGUACUGCUAUUCUGUGAGGGGAAAGGGACCUUGCUGGUCCCGGGAUUGCCAGUUGUUGAAGAAAUGGGGCUCUCUCCAUGUUUACUUCCCUCUCCUCUUCUCAGGGAGACCUCUGCUUUAAAAGAAGGAAAAGAAAAACGACAACAACAUUCAGUUAUUGUUGUCUGAGCCUGUUUGCACCUGAUAUUUUCACUUCGAGCCAUGAAGUGUAUCAAUGCUGACAAUGAACAACACUGAUCUGCCUGGCUAUUUUCCCUCUUUCUUCGCACUUUAAUUAUGUUGUUAGAGCUAGCAGCUGACUAACAUUCACAUGGCUGGCUCGUAAAACCUGGUGGAAGGGCCCGGCUUUGAUAAAGUACCAUGGAGAUGGAGAAUGUAGAUUUUCCCUGCAUGGUAAGGGCCAUCUCUGUACAUAACUAUGUAUCAAAAUAUCAAGUAAGUAAAAGAAAAUAUUUAUAAUAUUUGAAGACCACUCCAAAAAUAUUUUCAGUAGCUCACAUUAGCCAACAGUGUAGCACUAAACCCAAGGAGGGCUACUUAUGAAUACUUUCUUCUUCUUUUUUUUUUUUUUUUUACAGAAAGUUGCUUGUUUGUUCUCUUUAGUUUCAAUUAAGAGGUUGAAGCAUCUUGAUGCAUGAUAAAAAGCAUGGGUUGUUCGGAUCCUAACAGUGCAUAACUUGCAAUUUAUUUCUCAGUGUUCAGAGACUGAGGGCUUGAAACUAAUAUGUCAAUUGCACCAAGCACCUCAAAGACUUGCAUAAGAAAAGAAAGUAAAGGUUAACUUUCUUGACUCAAAAACAAUCUUGGAAGAUGAGUGAAAACAGGACAAUCAGUGAAAGGACCACACACAGAACUUUCAGGCAAAAAUAACUCCUAGAAAUGUUAAUGCCUUCCGGUUUGCCUCGGAGUCCCCAAAGUCUUCCAGGGGAAGGCGGUGGUCCUGUGUGUGCUUUCCCUGGAAGUUUGGAGCUGUAUUUCUCUGACUCACAUGUUCCAGAGCCACUGCAGCCAUUCUUAUUAAAGAAAAAUAGGAGAUAGAGACAUUUCUAAACUCUCCCCGGCUUUUGGCAGGCAGGUUUUCUUCAAAUAGUAAAGCUUUCAUGUUUAUUUCCUGCAGAAUGUUGGCGCGCCUCCAGUGGUCAGCAAUGGGCACUGUCAGUUGCUAUGCUGACCUUUAGCAUUUUAUUGAGCUUUCCAAGUUCCUGCAGCUUCCUGAAGCCUUGCUGGAGGUGGGGGGAACCCCGCCUCCAAGGGAGUUCCUUUUCAUGACCUGACCAUUUCUGAGCCAGUGGGAAUAGGAGCGCACAUUUCAAAAGCCUCAAUUUAGUCACAUUUAAAAUCCCCAAGAGCAACUUGUGGUGUUUCCUCCGAUUGUUACAGCACCUAUCCUCUUCUGCUUUGCAAGCUCCGUGAGUAUUGUCGGAGCCUUCGCUCUUGGCUGCCUCUGCCUAUAUUCCAUUAUGUGAGACCCAUUUCUAAGAGGAGAUGGGAAGUCAGCCUCUAGCAACAAAGUAGCAAAUACUUUUAUUAUUGCAAAAUUAGCCCAGAAAGUCAGAAGUAAAGUUCAAUUUCAUGCUUGCAGAUGAACACCCACAUUUCAUACUCUCAAUGAAGUUAUCUUGCAGCUUUUAGGGGAUUCCAUUGGUCAUUGACUAAGACAUCUAGUUUUGCUACAGGGACAAAUCUCUUCCUUAGGCCAAAAUAUUAUGUGACAGACUCAGGCAUGCGGUAGAAUGUUGUCACUUUUCCUUAGUGUUUCUCUGAAGGGACAGAGAGGGGAAUUUUAAACUACUGUUGUGAUAGUUUCAAGGGGCUCUCACCCAAAGUCCCAAUUACUGUUUGUUAAAUUUCAGUACGUCUUAAAGGACUACUUAAAAACAAAGGAAACUCAUAAGAACUGAGUAACUUGAGAGAGAAACAUUCCUUACAUUUCAGUUAGUGUGUGUGAUGAUGGACCACAUCUCUUCCCGCCCCCCCCCCCCUCCCGUAUUACAUGAGACAAGACUUUCCGUCAGCAAUGAUUGGGCCACUUUUAAAUUCUCAACUAAAAAGAGUAAUGCAGGAAGAGGGGUUAUUCUCAAUAAAAUUAACUUCUAUUUUAAAAGAAAAGGUUUUAUUUAGCAUUUCUUUUUAAAGUUUGAGGGUGUUUUGUGUUUUUUUUUCUGAAAAAAAUAUUUCCCUUCAUUGUAAAGUAUAAGAUUAUUUUUAAAAUCCAACCUGUAGAGUUGAUCAUUUUGACUACUAUUGAAAUGGAAUAAAAUGAUAACUACUAUUUAUGGCUAAAGAAUAGAACCAGGUUAAUGUGCACACCCAGAAGAAAUAAAUGAGUAAGAGCCCUUUUCUUUUCGGUAAGACAACAGACUGUAAGUUUAAAUACUGAGUUGAUUACAGAUGCUACUGUGUGAAUCCUGGUAAUAAGACUCGAGUCAAUGAAAUCUGACCUAGUGACAUAUCUUCAUUUCAGUUAGUGACACAAUAUUAAGGCAGGGCACAGAUAAACAGAAAGUAGAAAACAACCAUUUUGUUGUAGUUAUGAAUACAUGAAUAAUUCCGAAAAUUCGUUAUCGGGGCUGCCACACAGCAUGACUUUAACAUUAAGGUUGAUUGUACCUGGUCUCAUCUGCUCAAGGAAAAUAAUAAUCCCACUUCACAUGCUGAACCACUGUCCUUUACUCACCCGUUUCUCUUUCCCCUACAAAGGCAGUUAUGACAGAUCACUGGAUGAGGCUUCCCAGAGCCGAGUCCCAGACCCCACUCCACAUCCUCAGCUGGGGAACCUCAGGCCAGUGCUGAAACCUCUCUGAGCCUGUUUUCUCGCCUACAAAUGAAGUAAAUAGUCGUUUAUGUGCUGCCUACCUCACUGGGCUGUCAUGAGGACAAAAUGGGUUAGUCUGUAAACUGUAUAAAGUGCUGUCCAAAUGUGAGGUCACAUGAUUACCAUCCUCCUCUCUCUUGAAGAAGAAGAUUUAAAUGUAUUUCUGUGUGUGUGUGUGUGUGUGUGUGUGUGUGUGUGCGUGUAAGGGACAGACCCUUGUGUUACUUUGAGAAGCAUAUUGUUUGUGUCCAGUUACUUUGGAAAUCUACUGACUUGUGAUGCCGACAGAGGGAUUUGUGUUUUGGCCAUCGCUUGCCGUGCAAGGUAUGGGCUAUGCCUAUAUGCAAAUUAAACUUCGCCUUUCUUGAAUUCUC